ACGUCCGCCCUCCGAGCUCGGCCCCGCGGACGUAGGGUGACGGGGGAGGUGAUGGUGGAGGUGAUGGUGACGAGGGAGGUGAUGGUGGAGGUGGAGAAGACGACAGAGGUUACGGCGGAGGUGGCGGCGACGAGGGAGGUGAUAGAGGAUGUGGGGCCCGGUGGGGGUGAUGACAGAGGUGUCGGCGGAGGCGGCGGCGGCGGUGUCGAUGGAUAUCGUGGAGGAGGCAGUGGUGACGAUGAAGGUGAUGGCGGUGGCGGGGGCGACGAGGGAGCUCAUGUCAGAGCUGGCUGCGAUGACGCUCACGACAGAGUUGAGGAGUGUGUGGACGACGGUCCUGUACAUGGUUGUGGCUUCGUCUUGAAUCGGUUGAGACGCGGGGCUAGACAGGAUAACAGCAUCGACUCUCGUGUGCGCAAAAGUCGUCUUCAGACUCUUCAUAAUGCGACCGUUACGAAGGCACGCAUCAUGCAGCACGAGCAUGUUGUCGUGUCUAAGGACUCUCAGAGCGACAUGCCGGAUGAUGACUUCAUUCCUGGUGAUGCUGACAUGAGGGGCGCUGGGCAUCAGCCCGGUUUCGUUGAGGCGCCGACCACGUCUGCACCGGCGAUGUCAGCACCGGAGGAGAGUGGAGCAAGGUUGACUCAUCCUGAGUCACCGACGCGCAUUUCAGAUAUUGUGGACGCACUGGAAUCCCAUUGCCAUCUGACACAACCCACGACCGCGGUUCAUGUGGAAGCUCGAGAAAGGGCAGCGAGUGAUGGGCGGACAAUUCCCGAUGGAGGAGGGAAUGUGCCACCUCCUUCUACCGUCGUUUGCACGGGCGCCCAUGGGGCCCUCAGCGUUGCGGUUGCCUCCAUAGGCGAGGUAGCACGUCCUCCCACGGUAGACGUUGGUUUGGAGGACGGAGAGGUUGCAUGUACUCCCACUUGUGCCCAUGAGGGAGAGGAUGCACGUCCUCCCACUGUCGACCAUGUUGGCCUCGCCUGGCCCACUGGCAGUCUUCCCCCCACCGCCGAGUUACUCGCUAUGGAGUCGGCCUUGGAUGGUCUGCCUGACGUAUCGGCUUUGAUAUCUCCCACUUUGGCAUUUGUGGCACGACCAGAGACUGCUCGGGCAGAUGACACGGAUGAAUUGUCUAGAGGAUUCCACGAGUUCGCCAGCGGCACGAUACUGCAUUCCGGAGUCUCUGGCACUCCCGCCGUUUUUCAUGUGGGAGCACCGCACGCGGUGGACCAGGGUUUGACGGAGCAGGUGGCACGGAACCAUCGUGGCGGCCCGCGCGUCGCGACACAACGCAGUUUAGGGGAUUCAUUGGAGAGAGUGUUCACAGAGUACACAGGAGGGUCAUUGUGCGCAGGAUCUCGCAGGCGACGGGUCAUCAUUCUCGGCAGGGCCUCAGGGAGACCCGCACCCAGACCCGCCACAUUCGGCGUAGGAGACGCAUACGAGGAGCGACAUAGGAGACCUUUGCGGACCAAGACAACGGAUGUCCACGACACCAGGACGACAACUGCGAGGUUAUCUCGAGCGAGGAAGAAGGGGACAGGUUCAUUGAUUCCAUAUCACCGUCGCCGUCCACAACCUACUCUUCACGCUAGAGAUCCGACCAGACAGAUUCCGGCGAGUGUCGGGGCAGUGGCGGAGGGAGGGACAGGCGUCGGAGGCUCAGCAACCAUUUUGUUGAGAUCGGAGCGUGCACAUGACACACUUCACGGCAGUGCAGCUGAAACAACCCUUGGACGUAACGGCGUCGACCGUUCAGGGCGAGUCGAGAAGAGACGAGGCGAUGUGGUCAUCUACCAUGACGACAGUUCCACAGCCGCGGAGGCUGGAGAGACCACAGGCGCCGACGAUCCGGGUGACUCCAAUUACAUGCCCAGGGGCCAGGCGGCGGAUGGAGAUGAUGGCAUAGGUCGGCGUGUCAGGCAGAGGACAAGACUCGGCCCGCACGAGCAGGGCACGCCAUCGACCCCUAUACCGCCUAUUGAUCGACGCGCACAAGCUCAGUCUGUGUUGGCCGAACUGUAUCAUUACCGGUAUGAGCCUCUGAGGUCUCAUAACUCGCAUGGUACAGCAGGAUAGACUGUUUGUACAGUGUCUUCGUUUGUCGGAGCAUUUUGGUAGUUGACACUUCGUUGUAGCGUUGUUGCAUAUGCACGAA